UUGGCAACCACGAAACUCUCAGCAGUCAGCAGUGACCUCACCAUUGCCCUUUCUUCCAUUGAGGAUCUGCCCAACUACCAUGAGGAUGAGCUCUCAGACAUGAUCUCUUCUUCCCUCCUGUCUUCUUCCGUUUGUUCUUCUUCUUCCAAGAGCCUCCUUUUCCUCCCCCUGAGACCCCCAUUCAGUUUCCAGUCCGCGAGAGGCAUAGUAGCAGCAGCAGCCACCAUGUCCCUCAACCUCAACUCCCACGCCUUCGCAGGCAACCCGAUAAGGGCCAAGACCCCGAAAUCCACCGACCCAUUUAGCCCGGCCUCGGCCCUCGACACCCUCAAGACCCAGCUACUGGAGGCCGCCGCCCACAGCAGCUCCACCCUGCCUAAUUUCAAAGUCCUGCCUUUCAGGAAGGGCCGGCCUUUGGCAAGCUCCUCGGACAGCGGGAACGAUGCGGGCCCCAGAUGGCACCUGGGUUGGGUCAAUCUGGGGGAGUGCCAGAGCCUGUUGAGCAAUUUUGGGAUUGAGAUGAGUUGCGAGCUGUUCGUCUAUUUGGGGUCUAGGGCAGAGGAGGGUGAGGUUUACUGGGCGGUAGAUUUUUCAGGAGAAGGUGGGGGGACGGUGGAUGAGUUGGGUGGGAAGAAGUUCUGCUUUGUUGAGCUGAGGACUCUAAUGGUGGCCACUGAUUGGGAUGACGAGAGGGCUAUGGGUGAUUUGGCCAUUGCUGGUCAUGCCCGAGCUUUACUGGAAUGGCACGGUUCAUCGAAAUUUUGUGGAAACUGUGGAGGGAAAACAGUCCCCAUGGAGGCAGGAAGAAGGAAACAAUGUACAAACGAAUCCUGCAAGAAGAGAGUUUACCCACGGAUUGACCCUGUUGUAAUCAUGUUAGUCAUUGAUAAAGAGAAUGAUUGCGUGCUCUUAAGCAGGCAGUCGAGAUUCGUGCCCCGUAUGUGGAGUUGCUUGGCAGGUUUCAUAGAGCCUGGAGAAAGCUUGGAGGAGGCAGUGAGGAGGGAAACAUGGGAGGAGACAGGUAUUGAGGUCGGGGAGGUCGUGUAUCAUAGUUCUCAGCCUUGGCCUGUUGGACCGAGUAGCAUGCCGUGCCAGUUGAUGGUAGGUUUCUAUGCUUAUGCAAAAUCCCAGGUACUAAACGUGGACAAAGAAGAAUUGGAAGAUGCUCAGUGGCACAGCCGGGAAGACGUGAAGAAGGCCUUAGGAUUUGCCGACUACAAAAAGGCGCAAAGGAUGGCAGCAGCCAAAGUCGGGCAAAUGUGCAGGGGAGUCGAGAAGGGCCAGAGCCUGUCAGCGGACUUCAACAUCGAGAAUGGCGAGGUCGCCCCGAUGUUCUUUCCAGGGCCUUUCGCGAUUGCCAACCACCUCAUCUCCUCAUGGGCUAAUCAGGACACGCUCGUCAAUGGGGUCCAGACGCAGCUGAAGUUCCCGAGCAGUUCCUUGUCCAACUUGUAGUAGCCCUCCCCUCAAUCAUCCACCCAAUUUUUUACUUGCAUCCUCAGGAUUUACUAGUAGAUAAAUAAUGGGAUAGUUUUGGUCUCCCCUUGUCAUUGUAUAUAUAUAUAUAUAUAUGAUGGAGAUGAUGAAAGCCAUUUUUGGGAUUUAUUAUUUCUAUUAGAGAAAUAAAAUGGAAAAAGAAUGUAAACAAUGUACACAAUUUUCUAUUGUUUUAUUUUAUUAUUAUUAUUAUUAUUAUAGACAAAAUAAAUUGGUCAACAAAA